AUGCAGGACUCAACCUCUUCGCAGGCUGUCAAACUUCAAACGAAGAAUUUCCAAGAGGAUUUGGUUGAAAAAAUGCGUCUUCUCACAAUUAGCAUCAUUGUUAUACAUUACUUGAAGUUUGGUUCAUCAACAGCGGCUUUUCUAUUUAGACUGUUUGUACAUUCGCUACUUUCUAAAUCGCAGGUUGUGUCAGAUCAGUUCAGGAGGGUUUCUUUGCGGGUCCACAAUGUGCGUCGAAUUCCAGGCCUUUCGUCUGGAAAUUCACACCAACCGUCUACAAAUGAGACAAACCCCAAUCCACCAAUGCCCGGGACUUUUGCAGUCCCUAGCAGCACAGAGACAAGCUCAGGUUCAAUCGAGGAAUUAUCAGAAGCAGAAAUAGAGGUAUCGGUAAACGAAACUCAACGGAGAGUGAAAUGGGUUCUUUUUCACUUUGCUUUCACAUUCAACUGCAUUUCUAUCAUAAUGGCACUGAUAUGGCCCAUUGAUUUCAUCUCCAAAGCGGGGCAUUAUGGUUCAGAAAGCAGCGGCAGCAGUUUUGGUAAUAUUCCAUCUCCAUUUGCAAACCAGAACGGACUGAUCGGCGGAGAACUUCGAAGUGGUCUGUUUGUGCAGCUUGUAGGGGAACAGUUACCGAGCAGCAACUUUUGGAGCAAUCUCAAUAUCGUACUGUUAGAAUUUUUGAUACUUUCGUUGCAGUUUGGCCAAUACAUUCUAACAGCUUAUAAUUUUGCGGACCCUCCAUUCGAGUCACCCAACGCAGAGAGAAAUGGCACGAACUAUAACACCGAUGGUCCUGUUGAUAAGGACGAUGCAUAUAAUGGAAUCGUGCUGGUCACGACCAUUGAACCCGUGGAAGUGUUAAACGAUCUCCUGGACAGAAGAUACGAACGCACGACCACAGCCCCACCAACUGGGGCUGACCUUGUAUAG